CGUGGUUCCGUUGUAAGAUUUGACAGCAGGUCCGUUUUUACCUCUUUGCUUUCCACCCUGCCUCGCUCUUUCUUUCUCUAUUUAAUACGCAUUUAGCCUGCCGUGUGUGUGCACGUAUUUAUUUAUUUAUGCAUCUUAUUUGAAAGUAAUUAGUGUUUUUACCUUUUAGUCGUUCCUCAAAUGAGAAGGCGUAAAAGAUGGAGCUUCACAUUUUAGAGCACAGCUUGAAAGUGGCGAGUAUAGAAAAAGAGGGGAUCCAGAUUUGCACUCACGGAUUAAUAAAACUCGCUUUCUUGGCUUCCAAAACAAGAUGCAAGUUUUUCAGUUUGACAGAGACUCCGGAGGACUACACCAUUAUUGUCGAUGAGGAUGGCUUUAAAGAGCUCCCCCAGUCAGAGCACAUCAGUGUUGCUGAUUCCACGUGGUUGGCCCUUAACGUGGUGUCAGGGGGCGGCAACGCCUCUAACUCGCAACCCAUUGGAGUCACCAAAAUCGCUAAAUCAGUUAUUGCACCGUUGGCCGACCACAACAUUUCUGUUUUCAUGCUGUCAACAUAUCAGACAGACUUCAUUCUGGUACGAGAGCGAGAUCUGCCCAUGGUCAUGCACACGCUGUCUUCCGAAUUCACUUUGCUCCGGGUAGUCAACGGAGAGACUUUUGCUGCUCACAAUCUGGGUGUCACCAAUGGCUUUGUGAAGCCUAAACUCGUGCCCCGUCCCAUCAUUCACCCCUUAUUUAGUCCCAGCAACAUGUUCUGUGUGACCAGCCUGGACCCAGACACACUUCCCUCUGUAGCCACCCUGCUCAUGGAUGUCAUGUUUUACUCUGGAGGUCCAAAGGAAAGCGGAGCAUCCAGCGAGGACUCAAGCCACAUCCGCUUCUUCUCCUUCUCCCUGAUCGAGGGCUACAUCUCUCUGGUCAUGGACGAACAGACAACUCAAAGGUUCCCAAACAACGUUCUCUUCACCAGUGCUUCUGGUGAGCUUUGGAAAAUGGUUCGCAUCGGGGGACAACCUUUAGGAUUUGAUGAGUGCGGAAUUGUGGCUCAAAUAUCAGAACCCCUGGCAACAGCUGACAUUCCAGCUUACUACAUUAGCACCUUCAAGUUCGACCACGCCCUGGUUCCCGAAGAAAACAUCCAAAGUGUGAUUGGAGCUCUGCGGACCAAGAGCACGGCACAGUGAAGGAAAACGAAGACCGGUUUUCAAAGUAAUUUCGUUCAUCAUUUAUCAUGUCCAAAAAGUGCCAAGAGCUUAAUAGCGGACUACUGUGGAUCGGCUCUGAAAGGAAGGGAUCUAACCACAAAAUGUGGGUGGGGAGUGUGACGGUGUGUUAGGGACGCCUUUGUUACUCGGCCAUUUUCUUUACCCCCACCCAUCCUUGGCACUCGAGGCCCUCCACUGCCUGCUCUGGUAGUUGUUGCUUUAGUUUAUCCGACUGCUUCUUUUCCUUUCUAAAAGCUGCUUCUUCCCACUCCCUGACCCUCAUGAGCACCAUACUGUAUUAGUUACAUAAUUUCUCUCAUGGAAGGAUGACGAAUGUACUCUCAAAAACAAAAGAAAUAUUAUAUCAAGCUCUCCAUAUAUUUUGUUUAGUUUUCCACAGGUAAUGUCUCAGUGCCAAGAUGUCUGAAUGCCUAAACUGAUGCCUUUGUCAAAAAUACUAUACUUGUGUGCAAUUGUAGGAGAAAUUCUUUGAGACAGCCAAUGAUGAUAUAGCCCCUGGUUGAAUAAUAUGAUGUGUGUGUUUUUUUGGUGCUUUUAGUAGCUGUUGAACAUCUUUUAUUCACAGCAAUGAUCUGACUGUUGGAGUCUAUUAUUAAAUUCAGAUGCUUGGUCUGGUGGAACAUGAAGUAAAUCCAAGAUCUUGAUGAGGAAAUUCAAUUUUUUGUGUUUUAAAAAGUAAUACAAAUUCACACUGUGAGCAACUCUUGGUGAUGGGUCACUUAAAAUUAGAUCUUAUCUAUAAAUAUGUGGGGUUUUGUUUUUUUUAUAGUUACUGUGGUUAGUAACCACAAUUUAUGUAAUUAAUCAUAGACAUCAUACAUUAGGAUUAAUUUAUUAUUUAAUCUAAAAAAGCUACAGGGAUAGGUUGGAUCUUUUAGUUGUAUGAGGUAUCUAUAGUCAGUGUGUCAGCUACAGUAGAUGGCGGUCGGCACGGCCGCCGUUUAGAGAAGCAGACAUUAGUACUGAAACAGAAGCUAAGCAAUGUACUGCUGUGGACAGGGUCUGGCAAGUCCGCACAACAUUCCUGGAUAGAAGAAAAACGCUCUGAUUGAUCAAAGGUUUAGUCAUGCAACAGAAAACUCAGAUUGGACAGACAUGUCUAGCUAGCUGUCUGGAUUUACCCUGCAGAGAUCUGAGGACCAGGUAACCACAGUUCUCAGAAAUCGACCAGAGAUAAUAAAUAAAUAAAUGAAAAAUUUCAACAGCGGAGGCUGAGGGACAUAGUUUAAAAAAUAGCAUCAAAUUAUUCCAAGUGACAUACAUGAGUGGACCCCCAGUACAUUCUCUGUCUUGUAAGGGGUCCUAGGCUAAAAACUAAUUGAGAAACCUCUGCUCUAACUAUUCCUCCAACAGGCAAUUAUAUCUGAUAGAAACUUGUUGUUUUCUGGUCACUGACUGAUGACCUAAUGAUCAGGUUGCUCACAGUGUGAACCAACACGAAGACCCAAUGAUACAAUGAAAUGACAAAAAUGUUUUGCAUCUACAGUAGUAAUAAAUUACUGAGCCACUUUGACAAUGUACAAGAAUAAGCUAUGGUUCACACAGGGACGGAGCCCUGGUGUCCAUUUCUAGGUGUUGAAGCUGCCCCUCUCCUGCCCCAGUCUGCACUUUAAUGCAGGUCCCACCCUCACAGGCCUGCUGUACUGAUGUGAAAACAGGGGAGGGGGUGCUAUUUACUGUAAAAAAGUUCCUGUCCACAUGGGUGACAAUGUUUUUCUUUCUUUCUUUUUAUUAUACGCCACCUUGCACCCAACCAGUCUUCUGGUCAGAUUUGAUUAGUAGAAACCCUGUAUUUAUCAGUGUUAAAACAGGAGGAAGGUGACAUUUCUUCUGAUUCCAUUUCAAAGAAAAACAUGUUGAAAGCUUUUCAUUUGGAGCUUCUUGUGUGGAAAAAAUAAAUAAACAAGCUUUUCUUUUCUUUUUUGA